GAUGCUUGUGUGCGCAGUUUUCACAGCAGUCAGUUUUCUAGGACCUUGAGCAGCACAUGAAAAUAAAAUAAAAACAGCACGUGUGAUUGUAGAAGUCCAGAACAUUUUCAGGACAUGGCGAAACGCAUAAUAUAUCCUUUAUACCAGCUUGGUAACCCGCAGCUGAGAAUAUUCCGGCCCACCUUCAAUCUGACUCUGGUCAGACCCGGCAAAGAACAGCCACCUGAUACAGUACAGUUUCGCAUUCCUAUGGAAAUGACCAAGUUUGAUGUCAGAAAUUAUCUAGAGAAGAUCUACAGCGUUCCUGUUGCAGCUGUGCGCACAAGGAUCCAAUACUGUACAAACAAGAAACGAAACCACUUAAACCAGCGAGUGAAGAGGCCAGAUUACAAAGUGGCAUAUGUUCAACUGGCUCAGCAGCAAACCUUCCAGUUCCCAGAUAUCUUUCCUGAGAAGGAUAAGAAGCAUGAGGAGGGCUCUGUUGAGGAGAUGCAGGAGAAGUUCAUGGAGGACGAGCGUCAGAGGCAGAAAUCAGAUCCCAGAAGAGGAGGAGUUACUGAAUGGUUUGGCCUCUAGACAGACAAGUGUUGAAUGAAGAAUGACUUCAGAGAGGCAACAGCUGAAUGAAGAAUGUGGUGUAUUGUAGAUUAUGUAUUUGUGCAGGAAGAGCCGUUUACAGUGAUCUGACCAGCAUCCAUAGAGGGCCGUUUGCAGGGAUCUGAUCUGCCUCGAUGGAAAGACAGAUUGCCUGAGAGAAGGCUUGGAAAUCCAUUACUUCAUUAGAAUCAUGUGCUCUGUCAAAGAACUCUGAUGUCUACAUAGCAUAUGAUCACUCCUGAGCAUCUGCCAUGUCAUGAAAGUCUUUCAGGUUAUGUUUCCCUCUCACGGGUCUCAGAAACUUGCUCAAGCAAAGGUCUUCCUUGCGAAGUUCUUGAGCAUACAUGUUUCCUUUUCUUUAAAGUUCCUCCCAAAUGUUUUCCUUUUGCCCUCACUGAUCUUCAAGUUCAUGAACUAUUUGCGGUAAAAUGGUCAAUCUAAUGAAGUGACUCUCCGGUUCUUCGUGCAAAAUCACUCUUAAUGUUGUUCCUGAAAGCUCUUUUAAAAAACUGCAUAUUUCAAUUCCAAUAAAACAGUACAGCAUGA